AUGUUCGAAGAAAAGCUUGUCGUUUGUCUGGCUUCGGUCUGCUCCACUUUGGCCAUCACUGCGUGCCUGGUCGUCAUACCAUCUCUCUACAAUACCAUAAAUGAGAUGCACGAUGAAGUCCUCGAAGGAGUUUCUGUGUUCCGCGUCGAAACUGACUCUGCUUGGACUCAAAUGAUGGAUUUCCAAGUGAAAGUUGCCCCUCCGACCAAACCUCGUCAGAACCCUUUCAGCGCCAUCUUCCGUAAUAAGAGGCAAGCUGGACUGCCCUCAUACUGCCAGUGCUCGCCUCCAACAGCAAACUGUCCACCUGGACCACCUGGACCUCCCGGCCCGCCUGGAGCACCUGGACAACCUGGUGCACCUGGUCAGCCUGGAGAUGACAGCACUGUCACAAAUGCUCCUAUCGCCUGCCCUGGCCAAGACACAGGAUGUGUUGAAUGCCCACCGGGACCGGCUGGACCCCCUGGACCAGAUGGAGCCCCUGGAAAUCCCGGACCUGAUGGAAAUCCAGGACAGGCUGGUUCUCCUGGACAGGAUGGACAGCCAGGUCUUCCUGGGCCUCCCGGAGACGCAGGAGCUCCUGGAAAUCCUGGAAGCGACGGCCAGCCUGGACAGCCUGGACAAGACGGCACAACUUCGACAAGUACCCCGGGAGCACCUGGACCUGCUGGACCGGCUGGAGCUCCUGGGAACGCAGGAGGUGUCGGUCAGCCAGGAGCUCCUGGAAACGAUGGACCUCCUGGACCCGCUGGACAGCCUGGAGCACCAGGACAGCCUGGACCAGAUGGUAAGCCAGGGAAUCCGGGAGCCACUGCACCUCCUGGAGGGGAUGCUGCUUAUUGCCCAUGCCCACCUCGAUCGGCUGUGUUUGUAGCUCGAGCUGCCAGACAUUAA